AUGGCGGUAUUUAGGAUGAGUAGCUUCCGGGUUCCAGGUGACAUUGACGUGGCGAGUAGGACAGGGCCUUCUCGGAAAGCAAUGAAGAUGGAAGCUAAUGCCAAAAGCAAAGGCGGGCACUUCCACGGACUGGACCGCACGUUUCUCAUUUUGCUGCCUUCCGUAAGUCAUCUCGGGUCACCUGCAGGCCUCUCAGACUCGCCCUAG